AUGUCUGGUGAUCCAUCUAUGAAAGAUAUUCCACCUGGUCUGACUGAUCUCAGUGAAUUGAUCGUUGCCCGUUUCACAUUUUGUAAUGCAACAAUAAUCAAUUUGAGAUCAAGUAAAUCAUUGACCGUCAUAGGUCUACAGAAUGUCAUCCCAGCCUCUUCCACCACCAACAAUAACGAAUUUAUUUUUAAUAAUGUUGAUUUUGGUCUACUUGCUAUUAAUGUUUCCAAUUCAUAUUACUCUGCUCCUCUUGUUAUUACAAGCUAUACUAUUGAGUAUCCAAUAAUCAGUGGGUCGUCAAUGUCGGAACCUUCUAUUAGUGUUGGUUCAAUGAUACUAAUUAAUGGUAAUUUUGGAACUUAUCUUACAAGUUCCAAGGUAUUUUUAACCAAUCAAAAUAGUCGAUACAAUCAAACCACAUGUGUUGUUGCAUUGUUGACAAGUGACCUAAUCAAGUGUAUUCUUGUCUCGCAUUUGUCAUCUGGUCUAGCCACCGUUAAUGUAAAUAUCGAUGGUUAUACAAACACCAAUACAUAUCUGUUAAAAUCAUUUCAAACAGAUUGUGAAAUCUCAACAAACAAUUGUUAUGGUAAUGGUGUCUGCUCUCAAAAUGGUACAUGCAUCUGUGUAACUAUUCAAAGUGGUGCUUAUUAUAAUAAUUGUUCAAAAACAUAUCCAUUUAUUACAAGUGGUACUAUAAAUGAUAUACAACAAAGAUCUAUUAGUUUGUAUGGAGAUUUUGGACCAUUGUUUGAACAAACCAAUACAACUGUCAUUUUGAAUGGUACAAUGAAUUGCAGUAUCACUGCAGCAAGUCAACUCUUUAUUAAUUGUACACUUGAAUCAUCACCAACUGUAUUUGGAUAUGUAUCGGCUGAAGUAAAGGUAUCUUCAUACCAAUACACUAAACCUCGUGUAUUUGCAUUCAUCAAUCCAUCUUCUGGUGGUGGUGGUGGAUAA